CAGUUUAAGCUGAGCCCCUGCUUGGGGCAUGCUUCAGCCUCUCCAUCAGUGGUUAAAGUGUCUCGCUCCAAAGCGGGGUCAUGCAUCUGGGGCACUGAAGGGAUGUUGCACCCUCCCCAGCCAGCACUGGCCGACUUGCUUCUCAGAAAUGUGCCUGGGCUGAAGCCAUCCCAGGCAGCAAAGGGUUAAAGCCCACUUCAUGCUCUCACUGACUUUCAGGGGCCUCCCACUCCGCAGCACGGGAGUAUGAAUAGCUCAGCUCUGUUCCUUUCCCAGCCACUUGCUCCCUUCUGUUUCCUCUCCGUCCAGCAGACCACGUUCUUGGCAAGCAGCGCCGGGAGUGGACCAGAGCAUGGAGGGCUUCCUGGCAGCCCGAGCCCUAGGGGAGGAAUCCCUCCAGAUGUGGGACCUCAACAAGCGUCUGGAAGCCUACUUGGCCCGGGUCAAGUUCCUGGAAGAGGAGAAUGAGCUGCUGAGAGCCGAGAUCCAGAAUGCGAAGGACAGACCGGCGGAGAGCUCCUGGCAGUGCAAAUACGAGGAGGAGCUGAGCGCCUUGAGGGCGACCUUGGAUGAUGCCUUCAGGGAGAAGCACGCGGCGGAGCUGACCAGAGACAACCUCUCCGAGGAGAUCCAGCAUGUGAAAAGCCGCUGCCAGAAGGAGCGGGCGGCCCAGGAAGAAGCCAAGAAGCAACUGGCCAUGAGCAAGAAGGAGCUGGAGGAGGAGAGACGGGCGCAGAUCUGGCUGAGGGAAAGAGCCACCCAGCUGGAGAAGGAAGUGGAGGUGCUGGUGGAAGUUCACGAGGAGGAGAAAGCCGGGCUGGAGCAGGAGAUGAUGAGCUUCUCCCAGAGCCUGGAGAACUUCCGUGCCGUGCCGGUGGCUUUCCAACCCGUGGAGGUGGAGGACUAUUCCAAGAGGCUCUCCGAGAUCUGGAGGGGAGCGGUGGAGACCUACAAAAGUGAGGUCUCCCAGCUGGAGAGCUCCUUCUGCCAGGCCAAGGAGAAUCUCUGGAAGGCGGUGGAAGACAACCGGCAGAACCAGCUGCAUCUGCAGCAACUGGAGAAGGAGCUGGCUGGGCUCAAGGCACGGAAGGGGAUGCUGGAGGAGAGUCUUUCCAGGCAGUGGCAGGACCAGAGAGGGGAGGCUGAGAAGUUCCAGCUGGCCCUCGAGUCUCUGGAGCAGGAGAAAGAGGCCCUGGGAGUCCAGAUUGCUCACGUCCUGGAGGACAGACAGCAGCUCAUGCACCUGAAGAUGUCCCUCGGUCUGGAGGUGGCAACAUACAGAGAGACCAAUGUCCGAAUGAGCCAGGGGGACUGA